AUGGAAAGCGAGGACACAAAUCCAGCCAAGCUUGGCUUAGGCACAUGCCAGCGCCACCCCGUUCCCGUGAAAGGAACCCACCCUUCACGGGCCCGGGGGCCGAGUCCGCGCUCGGUGGAGACAGAGGCCAGAGCCAGGGAGAGAACCCAGGAGUCCUGGCUCCCAGCCCCUGCUCUCAGCCCUUCUCUCUCUCCCCCCACAGGCAGUGUGUGCCGGCUGCUGGUGGCGCUACUGAGUUUGUGCGAGGGGCUGCAGGGGCUCCCUGCGCCCCGCCUGAAGCCCUCAGACCCCCGGGCCGACUUCGACUCCAUCAUCAGCCUGGCCAAGAACCUGCUGAGUGACACCAAACACGUGUUCCAUCACUUCAAAUCCCGGUACCCGGCCGAGGGGGAGCACAAGAUGGACACGCUGCCCGUGCUAUCCAUGAGCGCUGUGGAGCUGGCCAACAUCCAGGUGCCCGGGGGCCUGGCACGGCUCAGCGCGGACCUGCAGAACUACCAGAAGCACCUGGAGUGGCUGCGCCGGGCGGGGUCGGUGCUGCGGCCCCUGGAGCCGGACUUGGGAGCCCUGCACGCCCGGCUGGAGCGCCUGGUCAAGCGCCUGGAACACCUGAUGUCCAGGCUGAACCUGCCCCGGCCCAGCGACCCGCUGCCCGUGCUGCCCUCGCACGGCACCCACUGGGCAGUGGUGCAGGCCGGCCACGCCCUCUUCCACAGCCUGCACCUCUACCUGGACUGGGCCGCCCGCGCCCUGGUUCUGAUCCGUAACAAGCUGUGACGACCGGUGCGGUGGGGGGCCCUGCCCCGGGGACACCUGGGGUCCUCCAUCCAGCAUUCCAGGGCACAGGGACCCUGCCCCCAGCCGUGGCUCCCCAGGGACCCCUACACCAACAGGGGGUGCAGGGACCCUGACCCCACCCAUGGCACCCCCAGGGCCCUCCCACACCAACAGGGGGUGCAGGGACCCUGACCCCACCCAUGGCACCCCCAGGGCCCUCCCACACCAACAGGGGGUGCUUGGUGGCUAGCCCACGUCCCCCGAUGUAGCAACCUCUUAUUUAUCAACGCGCUAUUUAUUUAUUUAUUUACGGUAGGAGAUGGGGGGAGGGGGGCUUGUUAGCAUUUUUCUUUUUUUGUAUUCAUUUCUUGUAACGAUUCCCCCCCUCCCCAAACCCGAGGGGCGGGGGUACGAAGGCCCUUGGAGCGAGGGAAUGGAGAAGCGGAGCUAGAGGAGGAGAGUCUCACGCCCCCUCCCCCUGCAUUUCACUCCUACCCCUCCUGCACUUGGGGUGUCCCAGCCCCCUCCUGUGGGACCAUCCUCUGUCCGCUUCCCCCCCUUUCCAUCACGCCAACCGCCUCCUUCUUCCCCCUUCUGUCAUUCCUUCUUUCUCAUUCUCUCUUUCGCUUCUCCUUUCGUUCCUUCCUUUCGCGCUUUUGUUCCUUCUUUCUUCUUCCAGUCUCUUUUGUUCUUUCUUCUCUCUACUCUCUGAUUUUCCCAUCCUUUCCCCCUUUCUUUCUUCAUCCCCUUCUUUCAUCCUCCUUUCUCCUCUCCGUCCUAGGCCUUCCAGUUGCUCUCCUCCUAGGGCAGCAGUGACCCCUAAUGGCCGCGCUCUGAACUGCACCCCCCCCC